CGAACGCGCUUUCUCUCAGCUCUUCCAGUAAUUUCUUCAUUUGGCGUAUGAUGGCCACGUUUUCUGAUUCCUUUGACUCAGAGGAUGAAUUAGACGAUGAAGUGUACAUCGGUGGAUAUAGAGGGGACAUUGUUGGAAUCCGCUACUAUCGCGGUACAGUUAACAACAACGAAAUGGUAUCGCUCCUGCGCGAACCCCACAAUCCUUACGACAGGAAUGCUGUCCGUGUUGACAAUGUCUAUAGCAUACAAGUAGGGCAUAUAAAAAGAGAAUUAGCUCGAGCUCUGGCUGAUGUGAUUGAUAACAAAUUGGCGAGAGUGGAAGGUGUUGUUCCCUAUGGAAAAAACAACAUUUAUACCAUGCCUUGUGACAUCACAUUCUGGGGAAAACCGCAAAAUGAGCAAGAGGUUAUCCAGCGAAUGCAUUGGCAUGGCUACAUUUUGAAGACCGCUAGAGAGCCAAUACCACAAAGAAGUGGGGUCCCUGGUCAAGACCCGCGCUCAUGGAUGGCAACUGGUAGACCUUCUAUAAGAAUUUCCCAGGAUCAGAUGACCAGAGAAUUGGACAAGUUAUUUGAAAAGCUUGGAAAGGAGAACAAGCUGGAGACAGUAGAACCUGCUGAGGCCAUAAAAUCUGUGCUUUUCUUGCAUCAGAAGCAAGCUCUGGCUUGGAUGAUUGCUCGAGAAAAUUGCAAAGAUCUUCCCCCCUUCUGGAAAGAACAGACUAUUGGGGGCAGGAAAGGAUAUUUCAAUACAGCCACUAACUAUGCAACUGGAACACGGCCCAAAUGUGUGCUUGGAGGGAUUCUAGCUGAUGAUAUGGGACUUGGAAAAACUCUGGAAGUCAUCUCACUUAUUGUCACAAAUUUUUACAAUGGAAAACCACUGGUUACUCUGGCAGAUUGGAAUUCUACAGUGGCAAAAGCAUCAAAGAAAAGGAAACAGCUAAAAGGAACAAGCUACAGAGUAAAGCAAAAGUGGAGGAAAGAAGAUGUCCUGAAGGAUAAAGAUGAUGAAGACAUUGUUGAGGUCACUGAUAAGGAUGACAAUGAAAUUGUUGAGGAAGAUGAUGAUGAGUACUCAGGUGUUGUGCCAUUUGAUGAGACCGGUAAAGAGGAUCCAAACUUCAGUCCUGGUCUAGAUUCCAUUAACAAGCCUCGUAGCUCUCACCCAAUCAGGAGAUCAUCAAGGACCACCAAGAGAUGGGUAGGGUAUGUUCAAGCUGAAGUGUCCAGUGAAGAAGAGGAUGGUGGUGCCCCAGGGGUUGCCCAGGAUACAAACAAUGAGAUUAACAAGACUGUUUCAGUGCCCUCUCCAGCCAAGAAACCAAGAAACCAAGAUAGUAAGAUGAUCACCAUUGUAGAGGAAAUAGAUUCCACUAAUGCUAAAGAUCAAAUAAUCCAGAAAAGCAGUAAAACAAUCAGAAAAAAGGCCAAGAUGAAGCAGAAGAGUAACAAGAAGACAGGGGAAAUAUGUAAACAUAUAUCAAGCACAGUAGCUGACGUGGACCAAACUAUCGCUACAAAUGACAAUCGUCCCUUACCAUCUCUUCCACAAGAUUCUACGUCAUCCUCAAAAGAGCAACCAACAGCUUCAAGUAAAUCUAGCAGUGUUGUACAACAGUGUCCAGCAGUGUCACCUGUUCCUUCUGUGGCAGAGUUUUCAAAGUUGAGCAGAGAAGAAACUGCAAAGAUGGGACCAAGACCAACUUUGGUUAUCUGCCCACUGUCUGUGCUGAGCAACUGGCAGUAUCAGUUUGACACUCAUGUCCGUGAGGGACUGGUGAAUGUGUAUACAUACUACGGCUCUGAGCGCAAAAAGGACCAAAACUUGUUAGCGGAACGAGAUGUUGUUCUGACCACCUACCAGACGUUAUCUUCUGAAUUCUCCAAGAAAAAGUCUGCGCUUAUAGGCACACUAUGGCUCAGAGUUGUUCUCGAUGAAGGGCAUGUGAUCAGGAACCCCAAUGCCAUGAUGUCAAGGGCCGUCCAUGCCCUGAAGAGUGAACGCCGAUGGGUGAUAACAGGCACACCAAUCCAGAACUCCAUGAAGGACAUGUUCUCAAUUAUAAGCUUUCUGAAGCUGGAGCCUUUCACAGACAGACAGUGGUGGAGACGAACAAUGGAGAGACCGAUCAGUGAAGGUGAUCAGAGUGGGUUGAGCCGAUUGCAGUCACUAAUGGGAAGUAUUGCAUUGAGGCGCACUAAGACGCAAGAAGUGAAUGGAAAACCGCUGGUGGAGUUGCCGGAAAGACAAGUGUUUGUGCAGCCUGUGGAGUUAUCACUUGAGGAGAGAAAGCUGUACGAUUCCAUGGCUAGAGAGGGGAAACUUGUUAUUGGCAAAUAUUUCAAGACUGGAAAUGUUCUUCAGAAUUAUGCUGAUGUUUUGGCGAUUCUCAUGCGGCUCAGACAGCUUUGUUGUCACCCUAAGCUUUGUGCUACAGCGCAGGCUUUGGCCUCAAAUGAAAGCUGCUUCACACCGGAGGAACUACGCCAGAAGCUGGUAUCCACUCUUGUCACUCUCCUGAGUUCAGGAGCUGACGAGGAGUGUCCGGUGUGUCUGGACUCACUUUCUACCCCAGUUAUAACCCACUGUACCCAUGUCUUCUGCCAGAGGUGCAUAGAAGAUGUGAUCAAGACGACCUCUGGGAACCCUCGUUGUCCUCUUUGCCGCGGAAGCAUUAGCCUGGAUGUGUUGGUGGAGGUUCCACUGGAGACAGAGCAUACGGAUGAAAUUGACGGGUCUGAAGAUUGGCACUCCAGUUCAAAGAUUGACACACUGAUGUCUCUCCUAACAAAGCUCAGAAAAGAAGAUCCCUCAGUGAAAAGUCUGGUAAUCUCCCAAUUCACGUCCCUGUUGAACAUUGUCGAGACGCCACUGAAAGCAGAAGGGUUUAACUUUGUUCGAUUGGAUGGCAAGAUGUCGCUGAAGAAACGAGCUGAAGUUAUAGAAUUGUUUGAUGACGGAGGUCCUGAAUCGCCUACAGUGAUGCUGCUGUCGUUGAAGGCCGGCGGUGUUGGACUAAACCUCACUGCAGCUUCCAGAGUUUUCCUUCUUGACCCAGCUUGGAAUCCUGCAGCUGAGGAUCAGUGUUUUGACAGAUGCCACAGGCUGGGACAGACCAUGGAUGUUAUAGGGACCAAGUUCGUUGUUAAAGAUUCUGUGGAAGAACGUAUGCUCGAACUUCAGAAGAAAAAGAGGGAAUUGAUGGCAGGAGCAUUUAAUACCAAAUCAACUGCAGAAGAUAGACGCCAACAGAGAACACAAGACGUUAGAACCUUGAUGGACUUCUAGACUUGACCAGGUCUUU